AUGGUUGUUUCUAUGUACUCCAAAGAUGAGAAGGUUCUCUGCUUUCAUCAUGACAUCCUCUAUGAUGCUAAAAUCCUGGAUGUUCGCCACAAGGAUCCCAACGACAAGAAAAGCGCUUUUGAGUACCAAGUCCACUACAAAGGAUGGAAAAACACAUGGGAUGACUGGGUCCUAGAAGACCGUCUCCGCAAGCACACAGAAGACAACCGCGAGCUAGCCAACAACCUACGCCGCGAAGCUGAAGCAUCAAUUCGCCAAAAGACCACCAAGGCAUCCGCAAAGAAGCGCGCCACUUCCGACCGUAGUUCUGUACGCGACAGCGAAGAACGCGGCAACUCCGUGCCGGGCCGUGGCACGAAGCGAGCUCGCGAAAAUGACAUUGAAAAGGAAGAAAGCUUCCACAUGCGACCCUCGGUCCGCAUCCUGAUGCCAGACAACCUCAAGUCCCUCCUAGUCGAUGACUGGGAACAAGUAACCAAGAACCAAUGUGUGGUCUCCCUGCCAUCUAACAACCCCGUACGCCAGAUCCUACACGAUUGGUACGAAGAAGAGCAGCCGAAGCGAACCAGCUCGGCGGCUGACCAGGACGUCCUGGAGGAAGUCGUUGCAGGGCUCCAAGAGUAUUUCGACAAGUGUCUUGACAAGAUUCUUCUGUACCGUCAUGAGCGCGCGCAGUACCGUGGUCUACGAAAGAAGUUUGAGGCUGCUUCUGGAGAAUUGGCUAAUAAGGGCCCUGUUGAUGUCUACGGUGCCGAGCAUUUGAUUCGGUUGUUUAGUACCAUGCCUGAACUCAUUGCUCAAACAAACAUGGAUAUGCAGGCGACUAACCGUCUGCGGGAGGAGAUUUCUAAGCUUGCUAUGUGGUUGAGUAAACAUUCGGAGAAGUAUUUCACUACGCAGUAUUUUGCGGCGGAGGAGACUCAUUAA